GGGUUGCUGCUGCCACUUGCUCAGCUUCAUCGCCGUCACCUAAGAUCUUUUGGCAUGUCUCAACCAGACAGUGUCUGCAUUUCGGACAAGUCAUAUGUUGCUUAAGCCACUUGUCGAUGCAGCGAACGUGGAACCCGUGGUUGCAUUUGGGAAGCAGACGUAGCUGUUCUCCAGCAGCAAAAUCAGACAAACAGAUGACACACUCAUCGCCGAGCCCUGACAGGUUAGUUUCUGGUGAGUAAUUCACUACUGGGAACAUCUUGAGAGCUUUCUUCUUGAUCCCUUUGUUUGUUACUUCUGAACCUCGUGGUGUGGACGAGGGGCUAGAGAUGGGAUCAGAGAUCAUGAAGCUUCGAGAACGUGUGAAUGCACAACGAAUGAUGUAAUGCAACCCGAGGGAGCAGAUGAUACCACAUAAAAGGACAGAGAGUAGGAGGAGAACGUUGCCGCUCAAGUUGUUCUUGUCAGGGUCAUGAGCUUGUUGAGCAGUGGUGUGAUCAAAUGGGAGUUGCUGAAGCAAUUUUCUGGAGACGAAACUGUUGAUGAAGUGUUCUUGGAAGUCUU